AAAAAAUGUAAUAAUUGAAUCUUGGUUGUCAAUAUAAUUUCUAAACUUGUACAAAUUUAAUAACCCUUAAUAAACUAAUAUAACACGUAUUAUUAUGAUCGCCCCAUGUUGAAUAAUACUUUAGGUCAAUUGUUCAAUAUGUCUCAACAAGUUGGAAGGAUAUGCAUCCAAACCAAUAUAUAUAUAUAUAUACUUUCAUGUUAAAUAAUACUUUCAAGUCUAUGGUUUCCAUUACAUUUUACCUUUUAACUUUUUUUAAUUUUGGUUAAAUUUGAUAUUGGGACAUCAAGAUUUAAACUUCUAACCUUGAUUUUUCAUGCAUACUCAUUUUUUAUUUGAAUUAAUGUUUAUUAAUUAAUUAACAACAUAAUUAAUUUUAACAAAUUAACUAAAGGAGUAAAAGUGUUAGAUAUAGAUUUUUAGGAACCAAAUAAAGAUUAAACUCAAAACUUAAAAAUAAAAAAUUUACAUUUUGAAAUGUAAAAAUCAAGAGUAAAAGUGUGACAUUUUAAAACUUAGAGACCAAAUAGAUACUAAACUCAAAACCUAAAAACCGAUAAGUGUUUUUUUCGUAGAAUUUAUACGAGCCAACUAUUUGUUAGACAAGAAUGUUAGCUAAAUAAAACUUCAAAUAUUAGAAAAUGCAUUUUUAACUUUAAGAAACCACUCAUCAAGAAAUCAAAAUUUACAAAAUUUGUCAUCAAAAGUAAGAUAAGAAAUAUCAAUGACUAGAAAAGUCAUUGAAUAAUGGAAUUAAAUCCUAAUUAAUAAAAUUAUUCAUUACAUUAAAUUUUUCAACAAUUUUAUUAUUUACCUCAAAAAAAUAUCAUAGCAACCUAUUUGGCUAAUUUUGUUUUUGGUUGAGUUUGUGGAGAGAAUUCCUAAUCAAACACUUAGCUCUCUUUUUAGACAAGAAUUCCUAAUCAAACACUUAGCUCUCUUUUACUUUUCCCUCAAAAAGAGAAAUUAACCACUAAGGCCAUAAAUAGUGUGUUUAUUGUCUUGUCAAUUUCACAAUAGGCAAAAUGGAAAGUUUAAAACAAAGGUAGAUUUUCAAGGAGAUUUGAAAAUUUCAUAACCAAGCAAUAAAUAAAGAAAUAUAUAAAUAAAAAUCCCCCUCCUCAAUGAACAUGAUUCAAAUAAAGAAAGCUUAAAUUUUGACUUUAAUCCCUAUACUUUGGUCAUAUUUUCAAUUUGAACCCUACAUUUUUUUAAAAGUUUCGUUACCGUUUUCUUACUUUCAUUUAAAAUCCAUGUCUUGACAUAGAUUAGGUAAAACAUUAAUUUUCAACCUAGCAAAUGAAUUUUAUGAAAUUAAACUUUUAUUCAGUUCAAUAAUUAUUAACCUUAUGCAUUACAUUUAUAUUCUCUACUCGUUUUUUUUUUCUUGAUUCAAUAGCAUACAACGUGCAUUGAAAAAGAUUUGAACUUCCAAAUUUUUUGGUCAACGUAAUAAACCAAUUAAACUAUACUCAAAUUAGUAAUAAGAGUCUAACAAGUCACGAUCACUAGAAAAUACAAGUUUGGAGCUAUACUUCCUCCAAUGGAUUAUAAGUUCCAAUCUCCACGUAAGUUUACUUUCUAAAAGUAAUAUUCUAAAAAUAACAGUGAUGAUAAUGCAUAGAAAUUAAAAGUUUAAAGGAUCAUAAUACAAAGAAAUUUGGUCUUUAAAAAUUAGAUAAAAUUAGAAUUUAGCUCACAUGAUUUAUUAUUAUUGUUGGAUAAAUUACUCGUAAACAAUCCAUUGGGUAGAGACAACGUAUGAAAAUAUUAUUGAAAUUAAAUCCCAACUUUAUAAUUAUAUGAAUUAAAUUUUAACUUUUAUAGAACAAACGGACCAAAUUUGUAAUAAAACUAAAUUAAAAAUGAAAGAACAAAAGAAGUAGAAAUAUAAUUGUUGGUAAAGGAAAGGGUAAAAAAAGAAAAGAAAACUCAUUUGACACAAAAGGUACAAAUCCAAUUUAAAAUAAGAACCUUCAUGGUUGGCACAGUUUGCCAAGCCAUUGUCCCACAAGAACAAGAAGAGAGAAGGGGGGGGGGGGGGGGGGGAAAAAGGGUAUGGGCCAUUUACAAACAACUCCAACACAAGACGUGUAGAUGGCUACAGAACCACUGCUGCACGCCCAUCAACCACCUUUUUAUAAAAAAAAUUCUCCAAAAAUAGAUAGGAAAAAAAAAAAGAGGAUUUUUUCAAAGAUGAAAGAGAGUCAUCCUCGAGAAAAGCCAACACCGAUUCCAACCCCACGAGAAGAGAGGAAGAGAAGGAGAUGGAAAUGAAAAAAAGGAAAAAAGCAGAAUAAUAAGGGCAACACUGCCUCUCCCUCUCCCUCCCUCUCUCUCUCCCUCCCUCUCUCUCUCUUGGACUGAUUCGUUUCAAUCGCAUCUCUCUCUCUCACUCUAUUUAUAUCACAGACAAAAUUUUUAAUUACCAUUCAAAAAUAAUAAUAAUUUAAUUUUUAAGGAAAAAAAAACUAAAAGGGUAGGUGACAAAGAUGGUGAAGAAGGCAAGAAAAAUGGUGAAGGUGAAGAAGGUGGAGAUGAAAAUGGUGGUGCCCUCUUACCAGACAUAAAUUCAUUUCUUUUCUUUUUUUCUUUUCUACAUUACAAAGUUACAACAAACAAAACUCCCAUUUUCUUCUUUCUCUCUCUCUCUCUCUCUUAUUGAAGAGUCCGUCUAGUCUAAAGACUUGAAAGAAGAGCAUCUUCCUUGUCUUUCAUGCUUCUCUUAUGCUACCUUUUAUUAUUAUUGUUAUCCUUCAUUCCUAAUCUUCUUCACAUUGCCUCACCCACCUUCUUCUUCUUUCCCUUAUCUUCUUCAAUCUUCAAUCUAUAAUCAUUCCUUUCUUCAUGGCUGUUCAGGCCCAAUAUCCUUCUAAUGUUUUGUUAUUGAACAGGUGUGUGUAUUUACACAUUUUCUACUUACUUUUCUUGUUUUUGUUGUUAAGUUUUUCCAAAUCCUUUAAUGGGUUUUUUGGAUUUUUUGGUUAUGAUUUUAGGAAUGGUCAAGAAGGGCAUGAUUAUUCAUUACAGCCACAACCAGGGGGGUUUCUUGACCAGACUCAUAUGAUGUUCAACAAUAAUAUAGGAAGCAAUUCUCGGAAGAGAGGAAGAGAAAUCUCUACUGCUACUACAACCGUCGCGACUCCAAUCAAUCUAUCUCCGUUACAGCACCAGCCUCAUCCUCCUCUUCUUGUUGACCUUGCUAAGCUCCAUAACCAUCAAAACAAUGUCGUCUCCACCGGCCUCCGCCUCUCCUCCGGUGAUCAUCAACAGAACCAACAGCAACAGCAACAGCAACAACAUAAUCACAACCACAAUCUCGUUCGUCAAUCAUCAUCCGCUUUCUUACCGCUAUUAACAGAGGAUUUCGCCUCAAAUUUCAAACGGCAACAAGAAGAAAUAGACCAAUUCCUUCAAGCGCAGGAAGAGCAACUACGGCGCACAUUAGCAGAGAAAAGACAGAGACACUAUCGUGCGCUCCUCGAUGCGGUGGAGGAAUCGGUAGCCAGAAGGUUACGAGAGAGGGAGGCGGAGGUGGAGAAAGCCACGCGCCGAAAUGCCGAGUUAGAAGCACGCGCCGCCCAGCUUAGUGUCGAGGCACAGGUCUGGCAAGCAAAGGCUAGGGCACAGGAAGCCACCGCCGUAUCUCUACAAGCACAACUGCAACAAGCGAUGUCCGGCGGUGGAUGCGACGGAGGAGACGGCGGAACCGUGGGCGUGGAAGGACAAGCCGAUGACGCGGAGUCGGCUCAUAUUGACCCGGAACGAGUCGUGAUUUCGGGACCGAGUUGCAAAGCGUGUAGAAAACGGUUGGCUUCGAUGCUGAUUUUGCCGUGCCGUCAUCUCUGCCUCUGUGCAGACUGUGACCAAGUGGCUCAGACUUGCCCGUUAUGCCAUUCCAAACGAAGUUCCAGUGUAGAGGUCUAUCUCUCUUAGGGCCCAAAUUCACGGCCCAGCCCACGCCCCAAUUCAGGUUCUCCCGGCCCAUUAACUGGCCCGGACAGAUCAAUGGGCUUGGAUUUUCUUUUUUCUUUUUUCCUUUUCAUAAAAUUUUAAAAAAAGUAUUUAAGUAAUAAAAGAAUUACAUUUCCUUUUUA